AUGAUUGGUGCGGACGACUUCCUGUCAGAAGAGCCCAGAAUCGCUCUGCCCGAGGAUCUCAGUUGUGUGACCAAGAACCCGCACAGGACCAAAGUCAGCGCAGAUGUGCUCGAGAGCCUGAUGUCGGGCCCGCUGAAGAGCGCUAUCGAGAGGGGGCGCAGUAAAACGGAUCUGGACGAUGAGCCGCUCGUGCUGCCGUCCUCACAGCUGCUCGAAUGCAUCAACCGGUCAAUCACAAAGUACGAGGCUGAGAGGCAGCGGCCAGCCGACCUGAACGAGGCCAUGAGCGGCAGCGCUCUGCUGGCAUUGGGAGUCAUCGUCCAGGAGCACUGCCGGCUCAUGCUUGAGUGA